UUACAGAGUAAUACACACACAAGAGUUUUAUAUGUAAUGCGCGAGGAAUAUACGUAUCUAUAAUCAUCUCUGUGAGAAAAUAGGCUAUGAAAGGAGGAGGGUCGUCGGCUCCUGGAGAUUACAUCUACUUCAAAUCUCAAGUCCCACUUCACAAGAUCCCUAUUGGCUUAAAGCAGUGGCGAUACUAUGACUUUGGUCCAAAAGUGGUGCCUCCAGUUAUCUGUCUUCCUGGCACUGCAGGAACCGCAGAUGUAUACUAUAAGCAAAUCAUGUCGCUUUCAAUGAAGGGCUAUCGAGUAAUCUCAGUUGAUAUUCCCCGGGUAUGGAACCAUCAGGAGUGGGUUCAAGCAUUUGAGAAAUUUUUGGACGUAAUUGAUGUCCAUCAUAUACAUCUUUAUGGUACAGCCCUUGGAGGAUUCCUAGCUCAACUUUUUGCUCAGUAUCGUCCACGAAGGGUCAAGUCGUUGCUACUAUCAAAUACUUUCUUGGAUACACUUAGUUUCUCAUCUUCAAUGCCAUGGUCUCCUAUUGUUGGUUGGACCCCUUCUUUUUUGCUGAAGCGAUAUGUCUUGACAGGAAUCCCAAAGGGUCCUCAUGAACCAUUUAUAGCUGAUUCUAUAGACUUUGUAGUUUCUCAGGUAGAAACACUCAAAAAAGAUGACUUGGCCUCCAGAUUGACUUUAACGGUGGAUGCUGCAUCAGUUGGUCCGCUUCUCCUUCCAGAUUCUAAUAUCACACUGAUGGAUACAAAUGACCAAUCUGCAACCCCUCAAGAACUAAAGGAUCAAGUGACUGAAAGGUACCCUGGUGCUAGACGUGCAUACUUGAAGACUGGAGGUGAUUUUCCAUUUCUCUCACGCUCAGACGAAGUAAAUCUCCAUCUUCAGCUACACUUGAGACGAGUAGGCGUUGAACCUCGGGCAGACUUGGUCCAAGGUGCCUCAAAUGAUGGUGGUGGAAGUUCUAGUGAACAAAAUGGGGGAAAGGAAGAUUCUAAUGAUCCAGAAAAUAGAGAUUCUGAUGGCUCACCUAAUAAUGAUGCCGGAGAUUCACCAUCUGAAGAUGCUGAAAUCUCUGAAAGCCCAUCGAAUGAAAAUCAGCCACCCCUAAUGCCUACAAGUGCACAUAUGAAAAAUCUAGAGAACCAGGUAAUUGCUGCAAUUUCUUCUGUUACCAAUUGCAGUUGUUCAGUCCCCAUAAUUUCACAUAUACUCCCACAGAAACAACACCAGACAGUAGCCGCUACAUCCUUUCUACAUAUAGCAUUUGAAUUUUUAGUUUGUGAACUGCUUUCCGGCUAUAUCUUAACAUUGUACAUUAAUAGGGAGAAUUUGUUGAAACUUAAAUAACUUGUGUGAUCAUAACAAUUUCUGGGUAUUUUGCUGAAAUUCGAUAUGAGUGCUUGAACAACAGGGACUUUUGAAUUUUUCCAUGUAAAUUGAAACAUCUGAUGUAAAAAUUUUGUAAUGUACCGCUUUUGCUGCAAAUUGUUGGUUGAAACAAGCUUGAUGUUUUUUUAA